AUGAUGGGGUGGUGUUGCUCAGGCAUAUGCGGAGCCCUGGCUCUCCUGGCACUCCUUUGUCCCCUGCGGGAGAGGGGCUGCUGGGGGCUGAAUCCCAGCUCUGGGGAUCUGGAGAAGUCCCCAAACUCUGAUCCAGACCCCUGGGACGCCCUGCACAGGCACAAACGCAGCUGGGUAUGGAACCAGUUCUUCGUAUUGGAGGAGUACACAGGAAAUGAACCACUCUAUGUUGGCAAGCUACACUCAGAUGUGGACAAAGGGGACGGCAAGGUGAAGUAUGUGUUAACUGGCGAGGGCGCCACCUCCAUCUUCACCAUUGAUGAGAACACAGGGGACAUCCACGCCACUAAGCGCCUCGAUCGGGAGGCACAGGCCUACUACACCCUCCAAGCUCAAGCUGUGGACCGAGUCACCAAUCUACCCGUGGAGCCCAGGUCUGAAUUUGUGGUCAAGGUCCAGGACAUCAAUGAUAAUGAGCCAAAGUUUCUAGACGGACCGUACUUGGCUGGAGUCCCAGAGAUGUCACCCUUAGGAACCAUGGUUGUCCAAGUGGCAGCCACAGAUGCAGAUGACCCGACAUAUGGGAACAGUGCCAGGGUGGUCUACAGCAUCAUCCACGGACAGCCGUACUUCUCAGUGGAGCCCAAGACAGGUGUCAUCAGAACAGCUCUGCCCAACAUGGACCGGGAGACCAGGGACCAGUAUGUGCUCGUCAUCCAGGCCAAAGAUAUGGUCGGUCAGAUGGGUGGCCUCUCCGGCACCACCUCCGUCACUGUCACGCUAACCGACGUCAACGACAACCCGCCUCGGUUCACUCACAAAAACUAUCAGUACACGGUGCUGGAGUCGCUGCCGGUGCAAUCUGUGGUGGCCAGAAUCAAAGCGGCUGACGCAGAUAUAGGCUCCAACGCAGAGAUGGACUACAGGAUCAUGGACGGCGACGGGCCCGGCAUGUUCAACAUAACGACAGACGAGAACACACAAGAUGGGGUCAUCAUUCUCCUGAAGCCUCUGGACUUUGAAACAAAGAGCACCUUCUCUCUAAGAAUCGAGGCAACAAACAGGAACAUUGACUCCAACUUCUUGAGCGCGGGCCCAUUCAGUGACACAACAUCAGUCAAGGUGACAGUGGAAGAUGUGAACGAGCCACCCGUCUUUUCCCCACCGCUUAGCAAGAUGGUUGUUUUCGAAGACACCAGAGUGGGCACUUCAAUUGGGAGAGUCUCUGCCCAUGACCCCGACACCUCCAACAACGGCAUCAGGUACUCCAUUGACAGAAACACAGACCUGGAGCGCUUCUUUAACGUGGAUGCUCUAAGUGGAGUCAUCAGCACAGCCAAGCCUCUGGACCGAGAGGCCAACUUGAUCCAUAACCUCACCAUCUUUGCCAUCGAGAGCCAGGACCCAACCCAAAUUGGAAAAGGCAUCGCUCUCAUCACUGUGCUGGACAUAAAUGAUAAUGCUCCGGUCUUUGCCAUAGACUAUGAAACCGUCCUCUGUGAAAACGCCAUGCCAGGACAGAUGAUCCAGACCAUCAGCGCAGUCGAUAAGGAUGAACCCCCGAGCGGCCACCGCUUUUACUUCGCCCUUGCUGCACCUGUUGCCGGCAACCUCAACUUCACCCUGCGUGAUAACAAAGGUGUGACAACCGUCUGUGCUAAUAACUCCAACCUUAAAUCUCAGACUAGAAACUGCCUUUACAACACAGCUUCAAUACUGACGAAGCGAGGUGGUUUCAGGAGACGGGAGCAGGCCAUGUAUCGUCUACCGGUGUUGAUUGUGGACAGUGGAAGUCCCGCCUUGAGCAGCACCAACACACUCUCCGUACGAGUGUGUGACUGCGACUCUGACGGCGUGGCCUUGUCUUGUGGAGCGGUGGCCUACACGGCGACUGGCCUGAGCACCGGCGCCCUCAUGGCUAUUUUAGGCUGCAUCAUCACGCUUCUGGUGAUGGUUCUGCUAAUUGUGACAAUGCGACGGAGGAGGAAGGAGCCUCUGAUUCUGGAGGAGGAGAGGGACAUAAGAGAGAACAUCGUCCGCUACGACGACGAGGGUGGAGGAGAGGAGGACACGGAGGCCUUCGACAUGGUUACGCUCCGCAACCUCAACGUCAUCAGAGACCCCAAUGUUAGGCGAGACGUAACACCAGACACCCCCACCUUCUUUCAUUACUCAUCAACUGCUCGUCCGUCCUAUAAAGCCCUGCCGGACAACGUCGUGUUUCGAGAGUUUAUUUGGGAGCGACUUAAGGAUGCUGAUGUGGACCCGUCAGCUCCCCCGUAUGACUCUCUGCAGACAUAUGCUUUUGAAGGCAGCGGCUCUGUUGCGGAGUCACUAAGCUCUUUGGAGUCACUAAGUACAGACUCAGAUCAGAACUAUGACUAUCUCAGCAACUGGGGACCACGCUUCAAAAAGCUGGCAGACCUGUAUGGCAACAGCGACGGCACCAGUGUCUUCUCAUAG